AUAACGCACAAACCAUGAAAAGUUUACCUUGCAGCAUUGUCCAAACUAUUGCCUCUUACCUCUCAUUCAAAGACAAGCUGAAUUGCAUUCUUGUCUGUCGACAAUGGCACCUUUGGAUUCGUAACUCUUGUCUAUACGAAACCCUUUCCUUUCAAACCAACUCGGACUCGUUAAGUGCUGCACUCGAGUUCUUUAACAGACACAGUCUUUUUGGUUCUCGAGUCCAUUCACUCUCCAUGAUCCAUUGCCAUUUGCAAGACAAAACCGCAAACUGUAUUACCCGAGUCUUACCAAACAUUCAAACCUUGGUCUGGAUAGAGUCGGACGAACACGGUCGUAGUCAACUCAGAUGGGUGAACAUUGGUAUCAGCUUUCGUUUUUACCGUUGGAAGAAAAUCAAAUACCUUACGAUCGAUGCCACCACAUUUCAUACAUUCAAUCUACUCGGUCUCGCUGCUCCAUUAAAUCAAUUGGAUACACUCAUCAUAUAUUUCAAUACAAUCGAAGAGACUCAGAGGGAUCUCGCAAGAACAAUGGCUUAUAAAUUACGUUACGCCCAAUCCUUGCAACUCCUCGUCCUCAAAUCUGCUGUUGUAGACCUUUCAAUUAUGGAAGAAAUUCAUAUAAACGCUCCCGAUUUGAAAGAACUGGUAUUGGAGGAUGUAACUCUCUUGAUGGAUCAUAAAUUAAACAACAGAGCAAUCGUGCAUGCAAAAGCCCUGAGAAAAUUGCAUAUGGAUGUCAUAAAUGACCCAAAAGAUCUUUUACAGAAUGAUCAAGUCAUUUCUAUACGCCACUGGUUAAACUAUUUUGCAAGCAAGUAUCGACAUGUAGAGGAUAUUCUUAUAAUAGCUCAGUCUUCCUUUAAAAGCUUGAGUCCGUGCGUUGCAGAUCUACUCCGUGCUAUGAGACAUAUCACUCGUUAUGCCAUUCAACUCUGUUCCAUCGAUCCCACUAUCUUACGAGCCAUACAUUCCUUCUCUCUCUCAUCCUUAUCCAUUUGGAUAAAUAGAGAGAAUGCAGGUGAACAGAUCACUACAUUAGCCUCUUGGAAUACCCUCCCCCUUCAUUUACAAUCAUUUGAUAUCGUGGUACAGGAUUUAUUACCCUUGGAUCCAUUAAAUGCAUUAAUCGACUUGAUCAUGAAUCUAUCACACUUAAAAUCACUUUCCAUCCAAAAUGUCGCCAUCAAAAACGAAACAUUACCUCUCAUCUUACUCUUGAACGAACAUCCUUCAUUAACUUUUAUUUAUCUCGAUCAUGGAACCGUGCGUGAUAUGACGUUUGAAGUGACAGUUAAAAAGCGGGUGGGCCUUCAUAGUCUUACUUUACACCUCUGUACUUACACCUUGGGAAAUCAUUCUAGCGCCAAUGACGCCAUUCGUGUCAUUAUGAGCAAGCAAACUUUGCCAUUCCAUCUGAUACGAAUAAAGGGUGAUGUCAUUUGUGGUGUUGGCAUGUUGAGAAUUCCCUUAACCAAAGCCCCGCAUUUACAUAAACUCAACAUUCAGCUAGACAUGAUUGGCUAUAUCUCUAUUUACAAAACAUCUGAAAAUGAAUAUAUUGCUUCAAAUAACAAAACUAAAGAAUUAUUGAAAGUAUCCGAGAUGAAAAAGAUUGAUGGUGAUGCUAUUAUUCCUCGUGAGUGGACCUACGGUCAAUUAACUACUGUGCGACUUCAAAUUUAG